AGACGUCUGUAGAAGAUGGAUAGCUCGUUGACAUUGAACAAGAGUCUAGCCAACGGCAGUGGCUCCGUGUCCUGCUAUGCCGAGCCCCAGCACGUCUCCAUCACCGUGUUCAUCUCCCUGGUCUUCCUGGUCGGCUUCUUCCUCAACAGCUUCAGUCUGUGGGUCUUCUGUUACAAAGUGCCAAGCUGGAGUUCUGGUACGGUGCUGCAGUUCAAUCUGGCUCUGAGCGAUGCCAUUGGCUCCCCGGGGACACUUAUUAUGGCGGUGAACUUCGCCUUGGGCCACUGGCCAUUCGGAAGGUUUCUGUGCCAAAUCAAGAUUGCGCUACUCAGCACGCACUUCUAUGGCAGCACCAUGUUCCUCACCCUCAUCAGUGUGCAUCGGUAUGUGGCAGUUGUCUAUUUCAACAAAAGGUCAUAUAUGAAACAGAAGGGAUUUGUCUCAAAGUUGUGUGGUGGAGUGUGGGUCAUGCUUCUGGUAAAAACGGCGGUCUAUGCAGUGUGCCUUCCCCCUACCAAGGAAGGCAAUACAACUCAAUGUCACAGCAUUCAUCAGAACAAUCUUACCAAUAUUCACUUUGCCUUAAACUUUCUGUUGUUUACAUUUGGGUUCAUUUUGCCGUUUUCUGUUUCUGCAAUCUGCUAUAGCCGCCUGGCAAGUGUAGUGUCCAGCAUCAAUAUCAACACAGGCAAAGGUCUUGCUGUUAAGACCAAGUCUCUGAGGAUGAUUGGGAUUUGUCUAGUGAUAUUUGGACUCUGCUUCCUCCCAUUUCACAUUGCAAGGACAACAGCGGUGGUGAUCAAAAAGUACUACUCGACAGAGUGUCGUACUCUCCUGCGUGUUGAAACUGGGUAUUAUGUGUGUGUAAUCCUUGCAGGUUUUAAUUGUUGCCUGGAUCCCCUAUUGUAUGUUUUUGGUUCGCAGAGUUUCGCUAAGGCUUUCAAGAAUUCUUUAAAGAUCAGGUCUAAGCAUAAAGGUGAAGACAAAAGGGAGUCCGAUGGACUAGGUCUAAGUGGGACGGAUGCUUUUUGAAUUCAGUAUUAUUUACCU